GUACCUUUGUCCCGGUUCUGCAAGACUUUUCGUCCAAAUCCCGCCGACUGUAUCGCGGCUGUCGGUGUCAUCGGACGCCAGAUCCGGAGGCCUGCCGUCACCUUUCGCUCUUCAAUCGGCCUUGGUCGUGGCGACAGGGACGGCGGAUACAGCCACCGGAUUGGGAUAUUUAAGAUGGCCCGCGGAGCAGGUGGCCUCUUGGAUGGUGGCUUCGUCUUCAAACUCGGCCGUCUCUUCAAAACUCCCUACGGCGGAGAGGGUGUCGAUUUUGUCGAUCAGCUCAACUACCAGUUCACGGGUGGACUGAUGGUCAUCUUCAUCGCCAUUGUCAGCCUACGUCAAUAUGUCGGCUUCGUUCUGGCUCCUCCUCCUCCUCCUCCUCCCACUAUUAUUACUAUUACUGUUUUUGUUGUUGUCAUUAUUGAUAUGGUUGCUACUGCUGCUAAUUGCCAUGAAUAUGCCUGUGGAAUCGGAGGGAAUUUCGUAAUCAUUGUACUUUUGGCUACAUCUCCUGCUGCUAAAUCCGCCGAUUGCAACCGUAAAGUAAACGCCGGCGUACUCGCGAAACGACAAGUGAGGGACUAA